AUGGUACUGGUCUGUUUGAGGGUCUUAUCUAUCAUUCUAUCUCAGACCAUUCAGACGUACGGUAUGUACAAUAGCUGGGCAGUGUGCCUGCCAGGGGCAGCUCUGUCUGGUGUGAAGCCUUUUAAAGCUAGUAUAUCACUUACGUUGUAUUCAUGUAUGUUCAUGCGAUUUGCAUGGCGUGUUCAGCCUAGGAACAUGUUACUGUUUGCCUGUCACUUUACCAACACAACUGCACAACUGGUGCAGGGUACACGAUUUGUUAAUUACCACUAUCUCUCAGGUCCAAAGCCUGCUGCUGAGAAGAAAUAG